AUGAAUUCUUUAAGCACAAUGGAGGAUGUGGAGUUUUUAAACUCACUUUUUACUGAGCGGUUGUUGGCGGUUGCAGGAGAAAUAUUUCAGGCAGUCAGAGAUCUUAUUAUUAAGUACCAGGAGCAAACAGAGUGCACCAAACAGGAAAAUAUUUACCUGAGGAAAAUGCUAACGGCUCAACACUUCCAUAAUGCACAAGAUCAAACCACUCAAGCAUUUUCUCAGGAGUUACCGAACAUCACCCAUGAAGCCCUGGAAAUAAAUUCCUCAGUUAUACAAGUGAAGGUGGAGGAUUCAACCAUGCAUCAGAACAUUGAACCACAGCAAUCAUUAAAUAAUCCAUCGGAAUGCACUUCUUCCUCUGCAGUGACUGCACCUUGUGAUUUUUCAGAACAGCCUACAAGUGAUGGGAUUAAUAACAACUGUUUAGAUAAUAAGCCAGCAAUGCUAAUAAAAUCUGAACCAUGUAAUUCCCAAAUCAUCUCUGAAAUCUCAUCCCCUGUGGUACAAGCUGCAAGUGGAACAACUGAGAAUCAUUUAAAAGAUUUACGAGAUAAUCACGACUCGAACCUUUCAUCCAAGUGCCAAAUGAUAAAUGAUUCAUUGCAAAGUCAGACUUCUGAAUCAGUCUGCUAUUGUGAAUAUUGCGGAAAGCCUUUCCAAAACCGCGCCCAGCUGAAAAAGCACUUGGUGGUCCAUGAAAAAGAGAAACCAAGACCUUACCGCUGUGACUUAUGUGAGAAGAGUUAUUCAUAUGCACAAGUGCUUGAGGUCCACCGGAGGACUCAUACAGGAGAGAGACCGUAUCAAUGUAGAUUUUGUGGUAGACGUUUUAAUCAAAAGGCUCACUGUAAGGACCAUGAAAGAAUUCACACGGGAGAAAAGCCUUUUAGCUGUUCAAUUUGUGGAAAACGUUUCAUACAGUCCAGUCAGGUCAGGAAACACAUCAUCCACAAUCAUCCCAGUGUGAAGUUAUCUUGAAUUAUCAGACAAAAAAGCCUGGAUGUACAUUCUUACAUUUUUAUGUAGCUUCUUUAGUCCUUUCUGUUUAAUGGUGUUCCAGAUAACAGAAAAAAUAAUAAAAAUGAUUAUUUAAGCACAAAUUACAUUUUUUGCUUCUAGAUUUAAUAGUCCUGUAAUGCCAUUAAAAAAUGAUUAAGAGAUGACUAGAUUAUGUGAAAACCAAAUUGACUAAAUUUUAUUUUAUGUUCUUCCUUUACUCUGUUACAUUAUAUAUUUUUUUUACUUUGUGCAUUGUCCUAAUGCACUAAUUUGAAAGGUAACACAUAUCUAGCUGGUGUACUGUAUGUUGUAAGUACUUUCAUUCAUUGCUGUUGGUGGAUUGUAGUGGCUCAGUGGUUAGGAUUCUACGCUGUUGACUGUAAGGUCGAGGGUUUAAGCCAAACCACUGCCAUGGAUAAGGGCCUUUUUUUUUGGAUUGUAUAAUGCCUUGACAUCUGAAUAAAUUGUCCUUUUUUCAA